AUGCCGCUUCUCGACUCUCACCUAGAACAGAUCGCGCUUUCUUCAAAUGCAAUUGCAGAAUUACCAUUUCCUGCGCCCCGCAUCUUCACAAACGCGUUACUGGGCACUCAUGAUAUCACCGCCUUGAUCCGGGAUACCGAAGCUCACGAACGAGCCCUCUUUCAAGUAGAUCCCUCCGCUAAAGCUCAUGGGUCGCGACGUGCCACCAGACGCGGGACAACCUUCGCCGCUGAGUCCGAGAAUGAAUCUAUGGCCACUCGAAUCUACUCCGCACGAAACAACCGCAGUCAGUCAGCAGUGGCGCGAGUGCUUGGAUCGGACAUGAUGGACGAAAUCAAACGGUCAACAGGCACAUCCACCCGGGGACCUCGGGGAGAAGUAAACGUUGAAGUCUUACUGCGCGGAGCGGAGAUUUUAUGCAACGUCUACCCUGUUCCUGGGGCACAGGAAAAAAUUGCCAACUUACGCUACCGCCAUGAGAUGAUUGCCGAGUCAGUGGCUCAAUUGGAAGGUCGCGUGGCUGCAAAUACCGCGGAACUGGAGCAGAUGCGCUCCUCUUAUGAUGAUGAAGAUGAUUUUGCCCCUGCGCCAGUAUCGCGGCCAGCUGUACCUGAUGUCACUGACGAAGAAAUUGAACAAGAGCUGGCCGAGAUCAGAGACUUGGAGCGAAGAAAACGAGCUCUCGAAGAGCGGGUCACUGGCAUGGAGCGGGACCUUGGGGGACUUAUGGGCUGA